AUGUCUCUCAGACCCAGACUCUCAGACCAGACUCUCAGAGGCCUCUCAGACCCAGACUCUCAGACCCAGACUCUCAGACUCUCAGACUCUCGGGACUCUCAGAUCUCUCAGACUCUCAGACUCAGACUCUCAGACCAGACUCUCAGACCUAGACUCUCAGACCCAGACUCUCAGACUCAGACUCUCAGACCUCUCAGACUCUCAGACCUCAGACUCUCAGACCCAGACUCUCAGACCCAGACUCUCAGACUCUCAGACUCUCAGACCCAGACUCUCAGACCCAGACUCUCAGACCCAGACUCUCAGACCCAGACUCUCAGACCUAGACUCUCAGACCUAGACUCCAGACAGACUCUCAGACCUAGACUCUCAGACCUACACUCUCAGACCUAG